UAAUCCUCAGGGUUUAACGAAGCUUAAUCACGCAAAAUCUCCUAAUUAGCAGACUGAUUUUGCGAUUAACAGUCGCAAUUUGUUUCUAGGGUUUUCGAAUUUCAGAGAGACGAAGAAAGAGGAGGGAGAGAGAGAGUACGGAUAAAGGAUUGGGAUAUUUUAUUGAAAGAGAUGGGAGGAUGCUUUUCGGACGUAAGGGGCGGCAAGGACGCCGUGGGUGGGGACCUGCCGAGGCCCACCGAACCGAACGCCAAGAACGACGGCGCUCACAAUGAUGCCAUUGAAUUCUUUUACAGGGCGCAUGGUGCUUACCCGCUUUUUACGCAACUCGAGUUAUCCUUUUCAGCAUCCAAGCUACUCAAUCUUGACGUCACUUCAAAGAGUGAUCCUAUGGUGAUUGUAUACCUCAAGAAGAAUGAUGGUAAGCUAGAGGAACUCGGGAGAACUGAAGUCAUACUGAACAAUUUAAAUCCGGUAUGGAUACAGAAAGUUUCAGUAGCUUAUCAGUUCGAGAUGGUGCAGAAUUUGAUAUUCCAUGUCUACGAUGUUGAUACACAAUACCACAAUGUACCUGUAAAGACUCUGAAAUUGAAGGAUCAAGAGUUUCUUGGAGAAGGCAGUUGUGUCCUUUCAGAGAUUGUGACUAAACAAAAUCGAAGUUUAACAUUGACUCUGAAAGGAAAAAAUGGGCAUGGAGGUUUGAGAAACUUUGGAACACUCACUGUGCAUGCCGAGGAAACUAUUGCUUCUAGGAGUGCUGUAGAGAUUAAAUUCCGCUGUGCCCACUUGGACAACAAAGAUCUCUUUUCUAAAAGCGUAUGCAUUUCAAAGAAGCUUCGUGGGAUCUUUUUACUUUUAUAUACAAGUUUCUUUCUUAUAUUGUAUGAUUCUUCACUUCAGGAUCCUUUCUUAAGAAUAUCAAGGACUGUUGAGACUGGGGGCUCUAUUCCAAUUUGCAAGACUGAAGUGGUGGAUAACAAUUUAAACCCGACCUGGAAACCAUUAUGCCUGAGUAUGCAACAGUUCGGAAGCAAGGACAACCCACUGGUUAUUGAGUGUUUUGAUUUCAACAGCGAUGGCAACCACAUUCUUAUUGGGAAACUCCAAAAAUCAGUAGCAGACCUUGAAAAACUAUUCAAAGAAAAAAGUGGGGUGAACUUUUUUAUUCCAUCUUCUCGUGCGGGUCAUGAAAAGGUUUUGAAGGGUCAGCUAUUUGUGGAUCAAUUUUGUGAGAAGGAACAAUUCAGCUUUGUUGACUAUAUAUCUAGUGGAUUUGAGCUUAACUUCAUGGUUGCAGUUGAUUUUACGGGUUCAAAUGGAGAUCCUAGAAAACCCGAGUCUUUGCACUAUAUUGAUCCGUAUGGCCGGCUGAAUUCUUACCAGCAGGCUAUAACAGAAGUAGGACAAGUCAUUCAGUUCUACGAUGCAGAUAAGAGUUUUCCUGCUUGGGGCUUUGGAGGAAGGACGGCUAAUGGAACUGUAUCACACUGCUUCAACUUGAAUGGAAAUGCAAGUGAAUCUGAGGUUGUCGGAGUUGAAGGCAUAAUGGCUGCUUAUGCCAAUGCUCUACGCAACGUUGCUCUGUCAGGACCGACGUUGUUUGGCCAAGUGGUUAACAGGGCUGCAGAAAUUGCCGCCAGGUCCCUCUCGUCCAACAACAACAAGUACUACGUCUUGCUCAUUAUAACAGAUGGAAUCCUCACUGACCUUCAAGAAACAAAAGAUGCUUUGGUGAGGGCAUCUAAUCUUCCUCUAUCAAUCCUCAUCGUUGGAGUUGGUAAUGCGGAUUUCAAACAAAUGGAGAUCCUUGACGCUGACAAUGGGCAACGAUUAGAAAGUUCUACAGGUCGCAUAGCUACGCGUGACAUUGUCCAGUUCGUUCCAAUGAGAGAUGUGCAGACAGGUGGGCAGAUUUCUGUUGUUCAAGGUCUUCUGGAAGAGCUGCCCGGACAGUUUUUGAGUUACAUGCGUUCCAUGGACAUCAAGCCGCUCACCUUCAAUGCCGCUGUUCAAGCAUCACCCGCCUUAGAAAUUCUAUGACAAAUCUUCCGGGACAAAACAUGUUUUGUUAGUUAAGGAUGGUUUUGGAAUCCACUGGGAAAAAUAGAGAGAGGCCACAUUAACGAUGGCAAAUCUUUGUACCCUUGUAAAGGGACAUCACAAAUACUUUGUAGUAUCGAGUGUUCAUGCUAAUGCAGUGUGAAAUGUAGAUACGAAUGCUCAAUACUACAACAAUGCAUUUGAUAUUACAAAGCAUUUCAUUGAUUGAUAAACAUCAAAUUCUAGAAUCUAUCAUAAAAUUAUAAAAUCUCUAAAUUUUGUUCUUUCUUGCA